GCUGACGUCUUGUUAACAACUCUGUACAACAACUACUACAACCGUCACCUCAAUUACCGUGACCACGACCACUACCACCUUUUAGUUUAUUGUCAUACUCUAUUAACUUAAUUGGUAACUAAUUAAAUAAUUGCAAGUUCAUUAAAUUUUAAAAAUUUCAUGCAGUUUUUGGAACGUGCAAAAUGCAAUUGAAGAUUACUGCGCAUUUAAUAUUCUUCACUUGCUUGGUAUCAUCUCUGAGAGGUAAAGCAUUGCAUCCCAAAGGAUGUUACGAGUGCGAAGAAGAAGUAUGGGAAGAAGUUCCUUGUGCUGAUAUACCAUCGAAUAGUACAACUGUAUCGACUCCCUAUUACUCUACAACACCUAUUUACAAACCAACCACACCAAGUCCAAAACCUCCUACGACCAAACCAACUACGGUCAAACCCACAACUAAAAAAUAUACAACGACCACACGUGCGCCACCCACUUAUGCACCUUAUCCCACUACAGUAAGUCCAGAAUAUACCACACCCAAAGAUCCAUAAAAAUGUUACUGUGAGUGUAAACUUGGUUGCAAGGAAUUCUGUCGAAAAGUCGUUAUCAAUUCUCCUGACAAACAAAUCGUUCAGGUAUCAAAAAUAUCAGAACCAGUGGAAAAGGGUCGCAUUGAGUCUACACACUUUCUACAGCGAGAACUUAUACCUAAAGCAGAUCAUAGUUAUGAUAAACCCGAUGAUUAUGCACCAUCUUAUGAUGACGAUGAUGAUGAUCAAGAUAACAAGUAUGAUGAACCAACACCUCCAUCUAUACCUUUGCCCACCAUACCGAAUUAUGAAGAAGACCUUGAUCCAGCUGUUUAUGCAGCUUAUCAUAGUAAGCCCAAUGUUCCUGCUAUCGAAUACUAUUCGAAACCAAUAGCUCAUCCUAUUGCACCCAUAUAUCAUGGUCCAUAUGCAACAGCUGAAGCGGGUGUAAAUAACUUUCAUUCUUAUGCCUCAUAUCCACCCAAGCCUUCACAUGCUUCGUACUAUAGUCCUCCAAGUGCUGGCAGUUAUAAUUUCCCCAUUCCCUUGGAAAACGUUUUUUCCAAGGUUACAAAAACUCUACUUGAUCCUGUAGAAAGAGUACAAAUCUCACUAGACGCCUCCGGUAGGAAAAUUGCAGGUAAUACUUAUUCCAAGUGUCCCAGCUAUUCAACACCCUCGUAUUCAUCACCAACGCCAGCGAAGGAUUCCCAACUAGAAACUAGAAACGAUCUCGAUUUCGAUGAUUCAUUCGAUUCACUUAUUAAGGAGUUCUUAAGAAGUAAUCCUUCAGAUGAAGCGUCAUAUCAAGCAUUUCCCAACAAACCUUUCUACUCAGUGUCGUACAGUAGAUAA